CCCCUUUCCACUGCCACCGGUCGGAAGCCUCGCGGCUCAUGGCGCACUCCGAAGGCGGCUCCAGCUCAGCGGCCUCGGCGCCAGGGGAGAAGAAGGGUGCCCUUGUCAAUGACUUUACAGUGCGCGGCUGCGUGCUCGACGCAAUGCGCGAGGGGCUGCCCAAGGCCACAGCGAAGAAGUGGGUCCAUGACCUCAGCCGGAACUUCUAUGUACAGGACGAUGCCAGCUUCACCAAAGCCUGGUAUGAGCUGCGGCAGAACUGGGAGAAGCAGAGCACCCGGAAGCAGCGGAAGCAGCGAAGGCAGCAAGACACCCAGGAGCCCUCGGCAAAGCGGGUGAAGACGCAGUCGGACUUGCAGACUGUCCUGGACUGCCUCAAAGCGGCGCAAGAGGACUUGCAACAAGGUGUGUGCGAGUCUUUGGAGAAGGCGGCCGCGGUUCACCUGUCCAUUUCCCUGGGCUCAAACGCUGCUGCGGUGCUGGCGGCGUUAGGCCCACGUGGAGAUUGCCAGAAGAUGCCUGGUCAGGAUCACGCCCACGUGCGAGCGGGAUUGGCGUCUGGACCGGGCGCUAGAGGUUACGCCGUCAUGGAGAAGUGGGGCGGGCAGUACGGUGCAGAGGAGCCGGGUGCACUUCAAGGAACCGGUCCAUCUCAUCGAGGCAGUCAGGCGCGCCUGGAGGACCUGCCCACGAGCCCUGGCGCCCUGCGCACGCUGCUGAACAAUGCAGGCCCGCCUAUGGCGCUGAAGCAGCUCACGCUGCUGGUGCACCCGGACAAGACCCAGCACCCUCGCGCCAAGGAGGCCUUUCAGCGUCUCGCACCGGAGCUCCGCGCCAAGAUGGCCGAGCUCUGACGUCGCCGCGAGGAGCUGGGCUGCCUUUGGCAUAUGUGAAGGCA